AUGAGCCCUUUUUUUGCCAAGAUUUUUUCCAAGCAAAUCAAAAUGAACAUUAUUUUGGUCUACAUUAUCACUUUUGCUGCAGCGCUCAACAUUGUCAGGGAUUUCGCAAAUGGCUGCGAAAGUCAAAAAUGUGUUGAUGCUAGUAAAGCUUUAUCCAAGAAAUGUGAGAAGGAGCAAGAAAAUGUUCUAGGAUGUAUUUGCAAGGUCAAUGAUGAUGACUACUGGAAGAAGCUUAGUGAUUGUAUUCAAAGUUGUGAUACCCUGCAAGAUGUUAUUGACACUUCCCCAAGUGGAUUGAAGCAAUUGUACUGUGAUGCUGCUCUGGCUUAUGCGUCAUUAUCCACGUUAUUUCCGACAAAUAGUUUUGCUUUGAGUGAUGUUCAAGUGACAGGAAAAGGAUCCUCGGUAAUUGGUAAUGUUCUUAGUACCUUGUCUCAACUUUCGCUGUCGCAGAAGUCAGUGACUGGUGAUAAUAUGUCAGAAUCAAAAGGGGCGACCAGGACAAGCUCAAUUGGUAACAACACUUCAGAGGCAAGCUCAGCUGGAGGGGACACAGCAAAGACAGACUCAACUGGAGAGAGUACAACAAAGACAAAAGAAUCGGCCAUGGAGACAUCAACAUCAAGUGAAACUGCUUCUUCAAGUAAAUCGACCUCCAAUGUUGCUGCUACAAUGGGUUGUGGGUCUUUAAUUUCCCUUUUGAUCUUGGUGUUUAUGUGA